AUGAUUCCAUGGGUUCAUUUCUCUCAGGCUAAGUAUACCUCUGAUCUUCUCGCUCGUGCUAGUCUUAAAGAUUGCAAGACUGCCUCCACUCCCCUGGAGACUCAGAGUCGUCUUACUCCUCUUGAUGGCACUCUCCUCUCUGAUGCUACCCUGUAUCGUCAGCUGGUUGGCAGCCUUGUCUAUCUCACUGUUACUCGUCCUGAUAUUGCCUAUGCAGUCCAUAUUGUCAACCAGUAUAUGUCGGCUCCUCGUACACCUCAUUAUGAUGCUUUAGUUUGUAUCCUUUGCUAUUUCAAAGGCAUCUUGUUUCAUGGUCUUCAUUAUUCCACGCACUCAUCUCUUCAGCUUCGUGCCUUCUCCGAUGCUGAUUGGGCUGGGGAUCCUAUUGACCAACGCUCUAUUACAGGUUUCUGCUUCUUUUUAGGCAAUUCUCUUAUUUCUUGGCGCAGCAAGAAACAAUCCCUUAUAGCUUGUUCAAGUGCAGAGGCCGAAUACUGUGCUCUUGCUGAUACUACUUAG